AUCAUACCAUUGUUUUAUUUUUAUACAUACAUCAAGAGCAAUGAAACGUUCUCCUGAAUUUUCACUCCAAUGCCUUCAAUUCAUGGUUAUGGUUCUUUCGAUUUUGUUCACCGGCACGGAAGCCGGCCGGCUAGACAUUCCGAGGCUUAGCCCAACGAGAGGAACACUCAUCGAGAACCCCGAAAUUAUGUCAUCUAAAGCAGUUUCAGAUGAUCUCCAAACUUUCUAUUACCCUCAAACACUUGAUCACUUCAACUACCAGCCUCAGAGCUAUGCCACUUUUGAGCAAAGAUACGUGAUGAAUUUCAAGCAUUGGGGCGGAGCAAACGGCAGCGCACCGAUUUUAGCCUAUCUCGGAGCAGAGGCACCGCUCGACGGUGAUCUUACCGUAAUCGGUUUCCUCAGUGAUAAUGCCAUCCGCUUCAAUGCUCUCCUCGUUUACAUAGAGCACCGAUACUAUGGGAAAUCAAUACCCUUUGGAUCAAGAGAAGAAGCCUUCAAAAAUGCAAGCACUCUGGGGUAUUUCAACUCUGCACAAGCCAUCGCAGACUAUGCAGAAAUCAUCAUGCACAUCAAGAAGAAACUCAAUGCUUUCUAUUCUCCGGUGAUCGUCAUCGGAGGAUCAUACGGAGGAAUGCUUGCUUCAUGGCUUCGACUAAAGUACCCUCAUGUUGCUUUGGGAGCUUUGGCCUCAUCAGCUCCAAUUCUUUACUUCGAUAAAAUCACACCAAGGGGAGCUUACUUUUCCGUCGUCACUAAGGAUUUUAAGGAAGCGAGUGAAACUUGUUAUCGAACUAUACGAAAUUCAUGGUCGGUGAUCGACAAAAUUGCUUCACAACCCCAUGGUCUUUCGAUACUCAGCUCUAAAUUCAAAACUUGCAAGCCAUUGAAGAGUUCUUCGGAGCUGAAAAACGAAUUAGGGAAUAUGUAUGCCACAGCAGCCCAGUAUAACCAGCCCCCAAGGUAUCCGGUAACGGUGGUAUGUGGGGGAAUCGAUGGAGCAAAUGAAAAGCAAGAUAUUCUUAGUAAGAUAUUUGCUGGUGUUGCUGCUUAUAGGGUGAAUCGUUCUUGCUAUAUUAAUCAACCAACCAAUGGAUCCGAAACAGCUGUUGGGUGGAGAUGGCAGACAUGCAGUGAAAUGGUGAUCCCCAUCGGCAUCGGCAAAAAUACAAUGUUCCAAGAACAGCCAUUCGACCUAAACAGCUUUAUAGAACAGUGCAUGAGAUUGUACGGCGUUCCUCCUCGCCCUCAUUGGGUUACUUCAUACUACGGUGGCCAUGAUAUAAAACUGAUUCUCCAGAGAUUCGGUAGCAACAUCAUCUUUUCAAAUGGAUUGCGCGACCCGUAUAGUCGGGGCGGGGUUUUGGAGAACAUUUCAGAAAGUAUUAUUGCCAUACAUACGGUAAAUGGGUCACAUUGCUUGGAUAUACUACCAGAAAAGGAAAGUGAUCCCGAAUGGUUAGUGAGGCAAAGGGAAACAGAGGUGAUGAUUAUCAAAAGAUGGAUUGCCCAGUACUACGCUGAUCUUAAAGCCAUUCUAAUCAAACAAUAGGAAUUAAUUAAUUAAUUUCCACGGUUGAAAUUUAAUCAGCUUGCUUGAUUAAUAUUUAAUUUAAUUAGCCGCAACUGUACUUGUUUUAU